AUGCGAUUCACCGAUCGAGCAAUCCUCCUUUCGUCGGCCCUACUCGCGAUACCUUCUUUAACUACGGCCUUUUACCUUCCAGGUGUUGCCCCAACCUCCUACGACGAAGGACAAGCUGUUCCGCUCUAUGUCAACCACUUGACUCCCAGCCUCUCCCGCGAUGACCAGCUUCACUCAGUCUUCUCAUUUGACUACUACCACCCGGCAUUCGGAUUCUGUCGUCCGACAGAUGGCCCCAAGGAUGUAAGGGAAUCCUUAGGCAGCAUCCUGUUCGGUGAUCGAAUUCGCACCUCACCAUUCGAGCUUCGCAUGGCAAAGAAUGAGAGCUGCAAAUCGAUCUGCGCCGACGCAAAAUUUGAUGCUCGCAACGCGAAAUUUACCAAUCGGCGAAUUUCACAAGGCUACAACAUCAACUGGCUAGUGGAUGGACUGCCGGCCGCGCAGCUGAACUACGAUAGUGUUACCAAGACCAAGUUUUACAACCCUGGUUUCGCCCUGGGUGAUUUGGAUGACAGUGGCCAGGCCAUUCUCAACAACCAUUAUGAUAUUAUGAUUGAUUAUCACAAGGUGGGCUUCGGUGGCAAGGACAAAUAUCGCGUUGUUGGAGUACUGGUCCAACCUGAAUCUCGCCGGGACUCCCGGAAUUUAGAUGAUGGGACCGCUGAGUGUGGCACCCAGGGCGACGUUCUUAUGCUGAAUGAGGAUGGAGAAACUACAGUCACCUGGACGUAUAGUGUGUACUGGAGGGAAUCUCCCACUGCCUGGGCCACCCGUUGGGAUAAAUACCUUCAUGUUUAUGAUCCCAAGAUCCAUUGGUUCUCUCUCAUCAACUCGGCUGUCUUCGUGGUGUUCCUGGUGGGCAUGGUCAGCAUGAUUCUUUUGCGCGCCCUCAAGAAGGACAUCGCGCGCUACAACAGACUGGAUUCGUUCAACCUGGAGGAUUUGGAUAGCACUUCAGCCGCGAUUGAAGACGGUGUCCAGGAGGAUUCUGGCUGGAAGUUGGUCCAUGGUGACGUCUUCCGCUGCCCAAAAUCUCCGUUGCUGCUGAGCAUAAUGCUGGGCAACGGUGCCCAGCUGUUCAUGAUGACUGGUGUGACCGUUGCAUUCGCCUUGCUUGGUCUUCUUUCUCCCUCGAACCGUGGGUUCCUGGCGACUGCCAUUCUUCUGAUUUCUGCACUUUUCGGUGGCAUUGGCGGUUACGUGUCGGCGCGUGUAUAUAAGACCUUUGGAGGAGAGGCAUGGCGUCGUAACAUUAUCAUGACGCCUCUUUUCAUCCCCGGUAUCAUCUUUGGUACUUUCUUUACGCUCAAUCUCUUCGUUUGGGCCAAGGGAUCUAGUGGUGCUGUGCCUUUUGGAACUAUGCUGGCACUGGUUUUGAUUUGGUUUGUCAUUAGCGUGCCACUGAGCGUGGCAGGCAGCUGGUUGGGAUUCAAGCAAUCGCCAAUUGAGGGCCCGACUAAGACCAACCAAAUUCCCCGCCAGGUUCCCCCGAUGGCCGGUAGCCUGCGUACUAUUCCAUCAAUUCUGCUGACCGGAAUCCUUCCCUUUGGUGCUAUUUUCGUCGAGCUGUACUUCAUCAUGACCUCACUCUGGACCAACAAGAUCUACUAUAUGUUCGGUUUCUUGUUCCUCUGCUACGGUCUGAUGAUCAUCACUUCCGCAGCCACAACCGUGCUGUUGGUGUACUUCUUGCUAUGCGCAGAGAACUACCGGUGGCACUGGCGCGCAUUUGCUGGUGCAGGUAUGACCGGUGGAUAUGUCUUUGUGAAUGCGUUGAUCUUCUGGGCGACACGGGUGAGCUUUGGUGGAUUGACCGGUGCGGUGCUCUAUGUGGGCUAUUCUGCGUUGAUCGCCUUUAUUGUGUUUAUUUUGACUGGUUCUAUUGGUUUCUUUGCCAGUUGGGCAUUCAUCCACCGUAUCUAUGGCUCCAUCAAAGUGGAUUAG